UCGCGGCGCCCGCGCGAACGCGAUGCUGAGCUCGAAGCCCACCCCGCUGACGCGCGCGACGCCCGCGCGCUCGCUCCCGACGCGUCGAAGCGCCGCGCGACGCGCCGCGGUCGCGCGCGCGAGCGCGACGGCGAAAAAGCCGUGGGAAGAGCGCGACUGCCGCUUGGUUUUGGAGGAUGGGAGCGUGUGGAACGGGCGGUCGUUCGGCGCCAAGGCGACGCAGGUCGGUGAGGUGGUGUUUAACACCUCGCUCAGUGGGUAUCAGGAAAUUCUCACCGAUCCGUCGUACGCGGGGCAGUUCGUGUUGUUCACGUGCCCGCACAUCGGCAACGUCGGCAUCAACGAGGGCGACAUGGAGAGCAAGCAGGUGCACAUGGGCGCGAUGCUGGUGAGAAACUUGUCGCUGAACGUGUCGAACUACCGCAGCGUGAAGGAUUUGGGGACGUAUUUGGAAGAACAAGGGGUGAUUGGGAUCACCGAUAUCGAUACUCGUGAGAUCACGCGUCGAUUGCGGGAAACUGGUUGCUUAAAUGGCGUGCUCACGACGGAUGCCUCGUUGAGCGACGCCGAACUCGUCGCAAAGGCGAAGGCGUAUAAUAUCGUCGGGAAGGAUUUGAUCAGCGAAGUGACGUGCAAGGAACCGUACGAGUGGAAGGAAACCACAGCGGAGUGGGAAUUCAGUAACGAAGCCAAGGCGAACAAGGAUUCGUUCAACGUCGUGGUGUACGACUUCGGCGUCAAGCACAACAUUUUGCGCCGCUUAGCUUCUUUCGGGUGCAAGCUCACCAUCGUUCCGGCGUCUUACCCGGCGGAUAAGGUGAUGGCGAUGAACCCGGAUGGAAUUUUGUUCUCCAACGGUCCGGGCGAUCCCAGCGCGGUGCCGUACGCGGUGGAGAACGCCAAGCAAAUCCUCGGUAAGCUUCCCGUCUUUGGCAUUUGCAUGGGCCACCAAGUCCUCGGCCAAGCCUUCGGCGGGUCCACGUUUAAGCUCAAAUUCGGUCACCACGGCGGUAACCACCCCGUUCGCGGCCCCGACGAUGCGGUUGAGAUUUCUUCUCAGAACCACAACUUCGCCGUGGACCCCAAGUCCUUGCCCGCGGGCGUUCAAGUCUCCCACGUCAACCUCAACGACGGCACGUGCGCCGGCAUGGUUUGGCCCGAGCAGCGCGCGAUGACGAUUCAGUACCACCCCGAGGCGUCUCCGGGUCCGCACGAUUCCGAUCGCUGCUUCGCGGAUUUCGUGCAAAUGAUGCGCGAGAGUAAAAAGUAACGUCGUAUUUACCUAAUCUACGUCAUAG